GGUACGUGUAGCUACCCUUAGCCGGAUGGUACGCCUCGGUAAAUCAGCCAAAGUGCACCUGGAAGCUAAUCCGGCCAAGAUCCUGCAGCAGAUACAACAAACUGUAUUACACCAGCAGGCCGAUUUUGACCGGACCUAUGCAGGCAUUAUCCUGGAGCUGCAGAAGGAAGGAAUCCUGAUCAAAAAUGAUAACCAGCUAAGCGAGCUGCAGCGGGAGUUUGUGCAUCGUUAUUUUGAUGAGCGUGUGCGUACGCAGAUUGCCCCGCUGAUGAUAGAAAGCAUACCGGUAAUGCCCUUGCUGAAUGACAAGGCGGUGUACCUGGCCUGUGUGCUGGGCAAUACCGAAAACCCGAUGCUGCAACGGUAUGCGCUGAUCUCCAUUCCUACCAAAGUAUUGCCCAGGUUUGUAACCCUCCCCAGCGACGGUGAUACGCGGGAUAUUAUCCUGCUGGAAGAUAUUAUACGCGUGAGCCUGCCCAAUCUUUUCGGGGCUUUCGGGUUCAACCGCUUCCUGAGUUAUAUUAUUAAGGUGACGCGCGAUGCGGAGCUGGAGAUUGACAGUGCGGAAGUAAGCACCAAUAUUAUUUCGGAGCUUGAAAAGGGACUGAAAAACCGGAAGAAGGGACGCGCUACGCGCUUUGUUUUCGACCGUAAUAUAGAAGCCAGCCUGCUCGAUUACCUGAUCCUGAAGCGGGUAAAAGAAGAGACCGGCAUCGAAGUAAAGAUCAUUACCGGGCAGGAAGAAGCGAAUAUCAUUUAUGAAACCCAUAUUGCCGAAAACCUCAACUUCGAAAGGUCCUAUCUCUAUGUGGAUGUAGGCGGCGGCAGCACGGAAGUAACACUGUUCUCCAAGAACGCCAUUGUGUUUAAAGAGUCGUUUAAUAUUGGUACCAUACGCCUGCUGCAUGAUAAGGUCACCGAAGAGCAGUGGGAACAUAUGAAGUGGUACCUGAAAACUCAUGUCAAAGAUUACCAGCCGAUAGAAGUGAUCGGGUCGGGCGGGAAUAUCAAUAAAGUAUUCUCUAUCUCGAAACGCAAAGAAGGAAAACCACUACCGGCAGAGUUGCUCCGGGAUUAUUACAAAGAGCUGAGUGCCGCUACACUGGCGGAACGUAUGCACCGCUACCAGUUGCGCGAAGACCGUGCCGAUGUAAUUGUACCGGCCUUGCAGAUCUUCAUUUGCAUCAUGCGCUGGGCAGGCGCCGAUGAGAUCUAUGUACCAAAGAUCGGCCUGGCCGACGGCCUGAUCAAAAUGCUGUACCAGGAACAGAAAAACAACUAA